AUGCAUACAUCGGCGACACGCACCUCUAUAGGUGCAGUAGUCAUCCUUGUCGCGCUACCCCAGGUUCUUGACAUUAGCCCCCACGGGCUUGCGGGGGGAUGGCGAUUGGGCUUUAUUCUUUUUCUCUGGGUUAGAUUGUGUCCAGACUCAUCUGUCAGAUAUGGGCAGCUGUUUUGUGCUGCUUUGUUUUUGUGGGUUUAUAUUUUCCAUCGCAUUGGGACUUCGUUGCUCUUGUCUCAUGAACGGCGCAUGGAGUCAGGACAAGGAUAUCACGAAAGCGGACGGUUUGGCUGGAGUUCGUUGACUCUGUCUUCCACUGGGCUGGCAAGACAUGGAAUUCACUAUUUUUGUGUGUUAAGGCAUGGCUGGCCUACAAGUGAGGGUGUCUUGUCGUCGUCUAAUCGUUGCUCCCGUUCGGAGUGUUUUGAUGAUGCGCAAUGA